AGGAAAGAGAAAGAAGUCUUAGCACAUCAGAAAGUUUUGUUAGGAUUAACUCAACCAAGUUAUCCCCCCACACACAUACACUGAUGAUAUUAAUGUUGGUGCCGUAUGUGCAAUAUAGCUCAAGCAGGCCAUGUGAUGACGAUGGAGUCAUCAUAACACAUUUCUUCAUUUGCAUGUUUAAAUGCACGCUUCAGCACUAUAAUUUGCAUUUGAACAUUUAUAUUGAUGCAUAUUAUAACUAUUCCUCAUCAUGAUGGGUUUUGAGAAAGGUGUGCUACAUGUCUAAGCAUUCAAGUGCUUAAACAAUUUGUUCUGUCUUUUUUUAGAGAUGGCGUGGAGAGCCUUAGCAGCAUUGACCAUGGUGUUUUGUAUUGGCUCAUCUUGCUGCGAUGAUAGUUGGAAACAGUACUCCUCUGCUGACACCAUCAACAAUGUCAUUCAGGACCCUAACACCGGCCGAAUCUACCUGGGCGCUGUAAAUGCCAUCUACCAGCUGAACUCUGACUUGGAUCUGGAGAGCACAGCCGUGACCGGCCCUAAGAACGACAACCCGCAUUGCACUCCUCCAAUAACUGCACAGUGCACCGAUGCUGAGUCAACAAACAACAUCAACAAGCUCUUGUUGGUCAACUCUCCAAGUGGCACCUUGGUCGUGUGCGGUAGCCUGUUUAGAGGCAUCUGCUCCCUGGUGAACCUCAACAGCGUGGAGAAGUCGGUGUACUACAGCGACAACAAAGGAGAGAAGACGCAUGUGGCCAGCACAGAAGAGACUGUCGCUGUGGUUGGGGUUAUUUCUUAUUUCAUAGACCUUUACACUAACACUAAUCUAAGUGUGUUUCUGGUGGGGAAGGGCUACGGUGACUCAGACAGCUCGAAGCUUAUCAGCACUCGCUUGUUGCAGGAGCAUGGGGACAUGGACGUCUUCGAGAACAUGGUUGAGGCGUCCACCGUGCAGGCCAGCCCUUUUGCUCAACGUUACGUCCAUGACUUCCGCCACGCUUUCAAUGAUAACGGCUACAUCUACUUCCUGUUUUCACGGACCCCGGGAACCAGCGACAGCAGGAAUAUCACGUUUUUGGCACGCCUGUGCGAGAACGACCAUAUGUAUUAUUCGUACACAGAGCUUCAACUCAAAUGCUCCAGCAACAUCAAUGGACAGGAAAACACGUACAACAAGGUCCAAGCAGCAUACCUGGCCACCCCUGGAGCGGUUUUGGCUAAGGAUAUUAAGCUUUCAGAAUCAAACGAUAAGGUUUUGUUUGUGGUGUUAAGCACUGAUGAGGACAGCAGCCGUUCGGCGUUGUGCAUGUACCUGCUCAGCACCAUCAACGCAAGGCUCAAGGAAGUGAUCGAGUCCUGUUACAUAGGAGAAGCUGGGGAAGAUGGGAAACCAAAGACGGUUUAUUCACCAUACGUCUCUAAACCAGAGGCCAUCUGUAAUAUUAAAAGAACGCUAGAGAUGGUCCAGAAUUAUAAAUGCGGAGCAGAGUUCCUUCCCUCACCACUAGCCAGUAAACCAGAAUACGCCUUGGCUGUCAAACCCAUCUACACCAAAAAAGAGAUGCUGACGUCUGUGGCUGUGGCGGUAGAGAACGAUCACACAGUGGCCUUUUUGGGAACCAGUGUGGGAGAUGUAAUAAAGGUGCAUCUCAACCCACAUCAGUCUGUCUUCUAUCACAGGAUUUCGGGAGAACACACAGAUAGUGGGGUGAACAAAAACCUGGUUUUUGAUUCCAGUUUUGAUCAUCUAUACAUGACCACUGGCAAAAAGAUCACAAAAGUGCCGGUUCAGGCUUGUGAACAGAAUAAAGAUUGUCAAUCAUGCGUGUCCCAGCGUGAUCCGUACUGCGGCUGGUGUGUGCUGGAGGGCCGUUGCACCAGGAAGAAAGACUGUAGCAGAGGAACAGAAAGGAACGAUUGGCUGUGGAGUCAAACGUGUGUGACCAUUCAGGCCUUUGAUCCUCCCAACAUCAGCCGCAAGAAAACAGAUGGCACAAAGGUUAAGAUUGACGUCGCCUCCCUCCCAAGCAUCUCUGGUAUAGAUACACUGCAGUGUGUGUUUGGUGAUUUCAUAAGCCAAGCUACUAUGGAGGGAAAUCAGGUCACGUGCGCUCUCCCGACCUCUGAUUUAAUAUCACCCACACCUGACAAGCAAGAUUUUGUGGCAGUGCCGGUGAAAAUUAAGGUGAAUGGUCGCAUCGAAGUGGCCUCCAGUGCGUUUCACUUCUACGACUGUGCAGCUGUGGGAAAGAGUGCAAAGAAUACACCUUGCAUGGCUUGUGUAACCAAUCAGUGGGGCUGCCAGUGGAACAUGCAGAAACAUACAUGUAGUGAUAAAAAUGAUGCUGCUGAGGGAUCCCAUAUCAUCACACAUCUGGAGGUCGGCAUGUGUCCUCAGUUUUUGACAGUUUGCCUACGACAAAGAGCCGAAGGUGAACAUGACAUUCUACGUAAAGGAUAAAGACACAGAGAGGAUGAUUGACAGCACCCUAAGAGUGGUGCUGUACAACUGUUCACUUUGCCGUGAGGACUGCGGUCUGUGUAAGAAAACCGAGAAGAAGUAUAACUGCGUGUGGUGCGACACCACAAAAUCCUGCAUCUAUAAAGACCUGUGCUACCAAGAACUUAGUCAAUGCCCUGCCUUUCCCUGACACUCACUGUUACAAACAUAACAAAAAAAAUUAAAAAUAACAUUCAAGCAUAUUAAAGGGGGUAUAAUAAUAAUAAUAAUAAUAGUAAAAUAAUGCUAUAAUAAAAUUCAGGUAUGGAUUUUAUAGACCAUAUAUAAUUCAAUUUUCUUUUAAGAAAAUUUAAUAUUCCUUUUAAGCUAAAUCAAUACACUUUGAAACUUAAUAUUGGAACAUAAUUGUGGCUUCAUAUACAUUAUAGUUGAAAGGGUAAUUUAGUUUAUAAAAUUUAAUUUGCAUUUAAUUUAAUUAAAAUGAGAUAAAGGGAUAAAAGCAGACUUUGAUUUGGACUACAAGGGUUUACUUGAAUGUCAUUAUAACAAACAAUGAUAAUAUGCUGCCAUCUAGUGGUUCACACUUUAUUUAAGCUUAUUUAAUUAGAUUUCUUUAAUCAUUGGGUCAGACAAAUAAAGUAUUAAACAUAUAUUAAGCUUAAAGAAACCACUUAAUAGAUACAUAAUAAUGCCUUCAUGGAGUAAAGGCAAAGAGUGGACUCAUUUAAUGUUUAUAAUGACAUUUUUACUAUGCUAAAUCAUAAUAAGACAGUUGAUGUUUUAAAACAUUUUGGGGAUAAAAGGAAAUUUUAACUUGGCCUUCAAGACUUGAAUAAACUGCCAUUAUAACAAACAAUAAUAAUAUACUGCCAUCUAGUGUUUUUUAUUUUUUUUACACUCAGUGGUUAAUUUUAGUUGCAAACAAUAUGAGAAAGACAAAGUUAUUUUCUUAGGGGCAUCAAUUUAACUUAAAAUCUAACACUUGAUCAUUAUUCAAACAUAAGCACUAUUAUGUGCA